GGCCACGGGGGCAAGUUCUCGGUGGAGGAGCUCUACGGCCUCAACAACAACAAGAAGCCCAAGUGCUCGGGGCCGCCGGUCAAACUGGCCAAGGGGCGGGGGGCCGGGGCCAGUGACGAUGCCCCCCUCUCCGCUGAGACCCGCUCCACUCUGGACUUGCUCUACCUCGAGUCCUUCCUCCGCCAAUCCCACCUCACCCUCGACGACACUGUGGCAUCGCAGACCGGCAUGGUCUACAGGAACCUCGGAAAAUCCGGCCUCCGUGUCUCCUGUCUGGGAAUCGGAAGUUGGACAACGUUCGGCUCCCAGGUCCCGGAGAAGGUCAGUGAGGAGAUCCUGACCUUGUCCUACGACAGCGGCGUCAACUUCUUCGACACCUCCGAGAACCUCGCUUCCGGCAAGGCUGAAGCUACGCUGGGAAAUAUUAUAAAGAAGAAAGGUUGGAGGAGAUCCAGUUUCAUCGUGUCCACCAAGCUCUACUGGGGCGGGCAGGCGGAGACGGAGAGAGGACUUUCCCGCAAGCACAUCAUCGAAGGCCUGAGGGGCUGCCUCCAGCGGCUACAACUGCAGUAUGUGGACAUUGUGUUUGUGAACAGGCCUGAUGUGAACACAGCCACGGAUGGUCACUUUGUUCCACAAUCCAGAAUCUUCUCUGUGGAAGAGAUUGUACGAGCCACGACGUUCCUGAUCAACCAGGGGGAGGCGAUGUACUGGGGGACUACGCGGUGGAGCCCAGUGGAGAUCAUGGAAGCCUACUCUGUCGCCCGGCAGUUCAACCUAAUUGGGCCCACGUGCGAACAGUCCGAGUAUCACCUCUUCCAGAGGCUCAAGAUGGAGGCUCAGCUCCCCGAGCUGUACCACAAGAUCGGUCUGGGCUCAGUGACGUGGUCCCCGCUAGCCUGCGGCUUCAUCACGGGGAAGUACGAGGACUGCAUUCCGGAACAUUCCAGCGCCUCGCUGCAGGGCUAUGAGUGGCUGCAGGACGAGGAGGUCCAAUCGCACCAGGCCAGGCUCAAGCAGCUGCAGCCAAUCGCCGAGCAGAUGACCUGCUCCCUCGCCCAGCUGGCCAUUGCCUGGUGUUUGAGGAACGAGUCCAUCAGCUGUGUUCUUCUCGGAGUGUCGGACGCGACUCAGCUACGUGAAAAUCUGGGCGCGAUCCAGGUCCUCCAGCAGUUGACUCCAGAGAUUAUCGGUCAGAUGGACGACAUUUUGGGAAACAGGCCAUUGGGACGGAGAGAUUCCAGGAUCUAGGGAGGGCGCAAAGCGAAGGUGUUUCCUCUGUCCCCUCUUCCCCACCAUUACUCUUCCGCCAACUCUCUCCCUCCCCAAACCCUCUCCUAGAUUUAUUAUUCCCCCCUUCAUGGCAGGGACUAUCCCAAGAGGCAGGUGUCAGGUUUAAGAAACAGUUGGACAGGUACAUGGAUAGGACGGGUUUGGCAAAUGCAGGCAGGUGGGACUAGUAUACAUAGAAACAUAGAAAUUAGGUGCAGGAGUAGAGGCCAUUCGGCCCUUCGAGCCUGCACCGCCAUUCAAUAUGAUCAUGGCUGAUCAUCCAACUCAGUAUCCCGUACCUGCCUUCUCUCCAUACCCUCUGAUCCCCUUGGCCACAAGGGCCAUAUCUAACUCCCUCUUAAAUAUAGCCAAUGAACUGUGUGGCCUCAACUACCCUCUGUGACAGAGAGUUCCAGAGAUUCACCACUCUCUGUGUGAAAAAAGUUCUCCUCAUCUCGGUUUUAAAGGAUUUCCCCCUUAUCCUUAAGCUGUGACCCCUUGUCCUGGACUUCCCCAACAUCGGGAGCAAUCUUCCUGCAUCUAGCCUGUCCAACCCCUUAAGAAUUUUGUAAGUUUCUAUAAGAUCCCCUCUCAAUCUCCUAAAUUCUAGAGAGUAUAAACCAAGUCUAUCCAGUCUUUCUUCAUAAGACAGUCCUGACAUCCCAGGAAUCAGUCUGGUGAACCUUCUCUGCACUCCCUCUAUGGCAAUAAUGUCCUUCCUCAGAUUUGGAGACCAAAACUGUACGCAAUACUCCAGGUGUGGUCUCACCAAGACCCUGUACAACUGCAGUAGAACCUCCCUGCUCCUAUACUCAAAUCCUUUUGCUAUGAAAGCCAACAUACCAUUCGCUUUCUUUACUGCCUGCUGCACCUGCAUGCCUACUUUCAAUGACUGGUGUACCAUGACACCCAGGUCUCGCUGCAUCUCCCCCUUUCCCAAUCGACCACCAUUUAGAUAAUAUAUAUGGGGCAUGGUAUAGAUGGGGCAUGUUGGCUAGUGUCGGCAUGUUGGGCCGAAGGGCCUGUUUCCACGCUGUAUCAUUCUAUGAUUCUAUGACGUAUACUGGGACAAGUUCCACGUGCCCAGACAACGCUACCGUGAAUGUUUAAGAAGGAACUGCAGAUGCUGGAAAAUCGAAGGUGGACAAAAAAAUGCUGGAGAAACUCAGCGGGUGCAGCAGCAUCUAUGGAGCGAAGGAAAUGGGCAACGUUUCGGGCCGAAACCCUUCUUCCCUACACUGAAGAUGGACACAAAAUGCUGGAGAAACUCAGCGGGACAGGCAGCUUCUCUGGAGAAAAAUAAUAGGCGACGCUUCAAAUCGGGACCGUUCUUCAGGCAC